AUGGCCGGCGCGGUGCUCUCGCCGACAGGGCCGGUUCAGAAGGCGGGGACGUUCCUGCCUCCCGACACGCCCCUGGAACUGCGCGAGCGGCUGCCCUACGUCAGUCGCGGCGGCGUCAAGCUGGCCCACGCCCUGGACACGUGGGCGGUGACGCACGACAUUGCGCUUGAAGGCGUCACCGCCCUGGACGUGGGCGCGUCCACCGGCGGGUUCACCGACUGCCUGUUGCAGCGCGGCGCGGCGCGGGUGUACGCGGUGGACGUCGGGCACGGGCAGCUGCAUUACCGGCUGCGCCAGGAUGCGCGGGUGGUGUGCAUGGAGAAGGUGAACGUCCGUUAUCCUUUUGAAUUGCCCGAGUUGGUGGAUCUUCUGGUCGCCGACGUGUCGUUCAUUUCCCUUACGAUGGCGUUGCCGGAGCCAUUGACCCACCUGAAGGCCGGCGGCUGCGCGGUCCUGCUGAUCAAACCCCAGUUCGAGGCGCGGCGCGGGGAGGUUGGCAAGGGCGGGAUCGUGCGGGACGACACCCUGCGCGCCGACAUCCUGGCGAGGGUCCAGGGCUGGCUAGCCCACCGCGAUGACGUCACCGUGGUCGAUACAAUUGCGUCGCCGAUCACCGGGGACGCGGGGAACCGGGAGUUCCUGACGCUGCUGCGCAAGCGCUGA